AAAACCGUGAUUUCCAUUAAAAUAAAAUAAAACCAAACCCAAUUGGAACAGUUAGUCAGCAAAAAUAGAAAAACAACAGUAGAAAUGAAAAGUAAAGUGGAAAGGAGGUAAACCCAAAGACACCAGACCACCAUGUAGAUCUCUCUGGUGACAAAACCUGACCGUCAAUGAUUCCAACAAUCCGGUCCCUAACCCAAGCCUUCAAUCAGUUACAGCACGUUGCUUGUCUCCUCCGCAGCCACCAGCUCUCUCGCCACCGCCGGAAUGUCUUCUAUCCAAAAGGACAAAAGAAUAGAAAGAGUGAAGCUGUUUGGAAAUAUUUGGAGAGUGGUUACCCAAAAUGUCAUUGGCCAUGUCUCUCGGCGGCCCAAUUGAGCAUGAUGUUCAAGGACAAGAGAUGGCAAGUUGUAAGAAUAGAAAGUGACCAAAGCUCCGACCACCAAACUUAUAAUUCCGGCAGCUCAUCCGAGGAAGAUGAAUGCAAAUGGGAGGCUGAGAAGCGGUGGUGCAACAAUUGAUGUGGUCAAGUGGUAACCACAGUGCAGCCAUUAUCCUAUACGUUCAAUUAAAACAUGUUAAUUAAACAAUUCAAACUUCAUUUGGCCACGUAAGCUUGACAAUAAUAUGAUUAAAAUAAAUUAAAGGUCAAAGAUAGAA